ACCAAUACCAAUUUAGAACCUGAAAAUAUGGAAGCUUAUACCAAACCGGAGCCCAAAAAUGCAGAAGCCAAUGCUCAGGAUAAUAUCACUAACCAAUCAUUAAACGAUAGCCAAGGCUACCAAAAUGUUUAUGAAGAAAUUUCUAGUGAUUAA